AACCAAUAGGAUUAGCUGGGAUUAACCACAUGCGGGUAGGAAACAGUAGCAGAGAAAUUUGGCUGCUAGUGCUACUGAAAUGUGUUCAGUGGUUAGUGCUUUUGCGUACCUCUGGAACUGAGGUUUUUAUGAGUUUUUAGAUGUAACGUAGCGUUGGUCGUAGGUAGCGUAGGGUGUAUGUAUAGGUGCGCGAUGUCUCAAUUUGCGGCUUCUGUCAGACGCCACUAGUUGUUUCAUAGGUUAAAUACAGUAUACUCGAUAACUCGAGCAGUGGAAUUGUUUGCAUGGUUACGCGAGUUUGCAUGAUGUAGCGUGUGCUGAACAAUGCCACAUACUUAGCCACCGACAAAAAAGAAGAAUUAAUAGUUACAGAGGCUCAAAAAAAUUGAUUGUCGCUAUUUUCUCAGUAAGAAGUAUAAUGAGCGCGAAGACGUUAGCCUCGCUUGCUGAAGAAUAUUUCUACAACAUCAACCCUUUGGCACAACGUAUCGGUGAAGAUGUUGCUGCUACUAAAGACGCUUAUGAGGGAUUAUGGAGUACUUUGAGCCUGGCUGAGCGAAAUCAAGCUAUUGACGAAACAAUAAUUCAGCCUGAAGUAGCACUAAAAUAUACAGUAAAAAAAUCUGAACGUAAUAGGGAUGGACCUGAUAGUUAUCCGAAGUUACGCAUCCAAACUGGAAUGAAAUAUAUGGUCGAUGAUACUGGAUCGACAUUACGCUGGCGGGAUGAACAUUCUGCACCGUUUUCUCUAAUGACACAAUCUCAAAUGAAUUUAAACAUAUUUGAUUCAUGCGACGAGACAAAAUGCAAACCUUUAACUAAUCACAUCGGUGAUUCCCCUCACUUUACAAGUCCAUUGAAAGUGCAAAAAGACGAUAUUAUGCGUAAUGAUAAUUACAAUCUUACAAAUGAGAGAACUGUUAAUCAAAUCAUUUGUCAUCAAACUGACGGGUUUACCGAAAAAUCUUACAUUGCUAAUGAACGAGAUAUUCUACUCAACAGUCGAGUAGACAAAGAUAACUCUGAAAGUAUUUUUUCUAAACUUAUUGGCAAAACAUCGCUGUUGAAAAUCCAAAAUAGUCUAGACAGUGACGAUACUGAAUGUUUAGUAUCACAAAAAAGUCUAUUGAUCAAGUCCUGUCAAAUAACACCCCAAAAUAUGGAUAAGAACCAAAUGAAUAUUAACUUAACUUCUUCUGCAAAGUCAAAGACUAAUGAAAUAGAUGAGUCAACUGCACUCCUAGAAACACCUAGCUCUUAUAGCAGUUUUCAAUCAUCUCAACUCCAAGAUGAUGGCAUACCAAAGACUGGCUUUGAAUUUUUGGACAAUUGGUAAUUAUUCAAUACAUUCCGUUUUAAAAGCAUUCUCAGUGUAUUGUUUCUAUGGAUUAGUCACACAUGCAUUUCAUAUGUCACCUCAUUUUAAUUGUUAUUAAAGUUUGUAACACUGGGAAAUAAUUCUGAAUACGAUAGAUCCUAUUGGAUGAAGUAUAAUGCAGGUCUCUCAGCUUACAGCAAAUAUGAUUUCAUUGCAUAAUAAUAAAAAUACAAAAUGGUUGUGGUAGUAAAACCCCCAUACUGAUUAUGAUAUUAAAGACUCAUUUAUCAAGUUAAAAGCCGUUACUUUUCGAGUAUUCGUCCAAAAUUGUUACCAUUCAUCAAAUGGAAUCAAUUCGAAUAAGUCUUCAUGAUUUUUAUAUGCAUUUUGUACAAAAAUCCAUGGGUUUUCAACAUGUACCUAUAUGAUCCUGAGUUGUUCAGAAUUUUUCUGAAUCUUGUGCCAUAUAUGUGUUUUGUCUAUCACUAAUUUUGCCUGGAAUGUUAAAUAUGAUAUAUUCAAUGAAUUUAGAACUACUACUUACGUAGUUAUAAUUAGAUAUGUAUUAGUGUGAGUGUACCUGUAUUUUGCGUUUUUGCUGUAUGAAUGAUAGAAUCGCGAAUAAGCCGUGCUGGUGAUAAGAUUCCUACAUUUUUUUUCUAGCUAUUAGGAACAUUAAGUUUACUGGGUACAGUAAGAUAUAUGUCCAAUACUCAAAGUAUUAAUUUAUUCAGAAAUCAAUCAUGUGCUCCAAUGAUUGAACAUACUCUGGUUUGAAGGGACUAAAUUUUUCAUUCAAGUGUAGAACUAUAUGGUUUUGUGACUUGAGACAAUAUUUCCCAUACUUUGAAUGCUCAAAAUAUUUUACGAAACAUCGCUUGUAAAUAAAUACCACAGCUAGUAUUUUUUUCUAUACUUCCUGAACUUUGAUUUUUGCAAAUACUUAUGAAUAAACAUAUCUUCAUGAA